UAACCACAAGAUGAAAUUGAGGAACAAUGACUUCUCGAGUCUCACAAGCCGGACAGUGCGCAGUCAAAGAUCUAGCCUAUGCUUACCAACAAUCGCCUGAAAAUGAUAUGGAGUUGCCGAAGGAGGCACCGUCUCCGGUCGAACUCAACCACUGCAUAGAAGAGCUUCUGAGGCACACGUUGGCAUUCUCCGUCGCCGGAACACUGGACACCGACAUUGGCCUAUCGGACGAUUUCUGCGCAAAUCUAUUACACGACGACACUUCCAAUUCUACAGUUCCCUUGUACAAGCGUCUAGCGGCAUCACUGUACCAGUUUAUAUCAUCUGGAGAUAUAUUAAGGACAGAUAGUGAGGUUGCAGUGAUGCACGAAACAUGCUCUUUAAAACAGAAGGAAGAUGGGUGCAAUUAUAAGUUAGUGAGGGAAAAAGGUUCUGAGUUGAUCAAUGUGCUGAAAACCGUGGACUUUGAACUUCAUGUUCAGGAGCCUUUCUUCUCACAUCUUAGAAGUGGAGAGAAAACUAUUGAAGGAAGGUGUGCUCUUGGUGACUACAAUAAAAUUGAAGCUGGGGCUUAUAUUCUUUUCAACAAAUGUUUAGUUCUUCAGGUUCAGGAUGUUCAUCGUUAUGCUUCAUUUCGUGAGAUGCUAGAAGCAGAGCCCCUCUCCAAAGUUCUUCCAGGAAUUAAAUCUACAGAAGAAGGUGUUCAAGUUUAUAGGAAUUUCUAUUCAGAAGAGAAGGAAAGGUCAAAUGGCGUUCUUGCUAUUUGUGUUACAAAACCAGUUUCUCAGCCUUAUCUCUCCAUGGCCUCAAUAAUAUCAGUAAGAUUUAAGCUAUGGAGGUCUUCACAACCUUCUAAACUUUGCACAGAGCUGGGAAGGCAUUUAAUCCUGCCGUCGUGCUUAGAUCAGUGUAUGUUUUCUGGAGAAAAACAACUGAAUCUCAUCGUCAGUCCUGUUCUCGUUCUCAGUUCAUCAGGGAAAAGUUGUAAUGUCUAUUAGAAAAAAAGUAAAAGAUCCUGUGAUUUUACACAUCAAAUUAGAAUGCUUGCAGGAGUGUAUCCUAUCAGAAAAGAUAGGCCAUUUCAUGUAUAUUUGAUGUAAUGACUAGAUUACAAUGGGGCAACACAAACUUCAACA